GUCAGGUCGGGGAGCGGGUCGGGUUCCCGCUCGCCGCCGCCGCCGCCCCCCGCAGCGACUCUCCCGCCUCUCCCACCGCGCCGGCCGCAGGAGCUGCAUCGCGAACUCUGCUCGGCGGUGAAGCCGCCGGCCCGGGAGCACUGAGCCCGGGACGCAACGCGCCGAGCCCCCUCAUCACCUCCAGCCGGGGCGACCCCUCCCGGGUCCGCCCUCGUUCUGCGCGGCCGCCGGAGCCCCCAGCCCUGAGCGGCUCGGUGGCCCGGCGCCCGCAUCCCGGGCCCCUGCACUCCCGUAGCCGCCGCCCCCCACCCUGAACAUGGACUCCGACUCUUGCGCCGCCGCCUUCCACCCGGAGGAGUGCUCCCCCAGUUACAAGAGGCGCAGGACUGUGGAGGAUUUCAACAAAUUCUGCACCUUUGUCUUGGCCUAUGCCGGCUACAUUCCUUAUCCAAAGGAGGAGCUCCCUCUGAGAAGCAGCCCCAGCCCUGCCAACAGCACGGCUGGCACCAUUGACAGCGACGGCUGGGACACGGGCUUCACUGACAUUGCGUCGGCCGUGCCCCUGCCGGUCUCCGACCGCUGCUUUGGCCACCUGCAGCCCACCCUCCUGCCGCGAGCCAAGCCCAGUAAUUUCCUGCUGGACAGAAAGAAGACAGACAAGCUGAAGAAAAAGAAGAAGAGGAAGCGAAGGGACAGCGACGUGCCCGUGAAGGAGGGGUACAUGGGGAGCCUGUUGAAGCUGGAAGCUGCUGACCCCUAUGUGGAGACCCCCACGAGUCCCACCCUGCAGGAUAUCCCUCAGGCUCCUGGCGACCCCUGCUCGGGCUGGGAUUCCGAUACUCCUUCCAGUGGGUCGUGUGUCACGGUGUCACCUGAUCAGGUCAAAGAAAUAAAAACUGAAGGCAAACGGACUAUUGUCCGGCAGGGAAAGCAGGUGGUGUUCCGGGACGAGGACAGCACUGGCAACGAUGAGGACAUAAUGGUGGACUCGGAUGACGACUCCUGGGACCUCGUCACUUGCUUCUGCAUGAAGCCGUUUGCCGGCCGCCCUAUGAUAGAGUGCAACGAGUGCCAUACCUGGAUCCACCUGUCCUGUGCGAAAAUACGGAAAUCCAAUGUUCCGGAAGUGUUUGUCUGCCAAAAGUGCCGGGACUCCAAGUUUGACAUCCGCCGCUCCAACCGUUCCCGAAUGGGCUCGCGGAAACUGUUUCUGGACUGACUUGGUGAGCGAGGAGAGCAUGGGCGAGGAAUCAGAAGGGACGAGGGGCCUUUUGGCUCCUCUUAGUUGAGCACAGAACUCUCAGCUCUGGUGCGGGCAGACCCCUGCCAUUCAGGUGCCUAAGCAAAAGGGCAGGCUGUCCGAGGUAGGACCUGUAUCUGCCAGUGACUGAAUAAAAUCCUCGUUGGCCAAAGCUGCUGCUAGAGCUGUGUUCUCUGCAGUGGAGGGGGGCUCACCACCCAAGUACAGUGGGUUCGGUUCGGCUGAAAGUGAGGGUACGUGGUAGUUGUGAAUUCUUGCUAUCAUUGUUAACAAACUCCGUCGGCUGGAACCAGCGCUAGCUGUUUUCCUGCUUCCACUGUCUUGGGAGAGGAGAUGUUCAGUUUCCCAGGCCUGUUAACGAACAGCCAUACGUGUAAGCUUUUUCCCAAGUGUAAGUCUUUGACCCUAAGUGUCUGUACAGCAACCAUCGAGCUGCCCCUACCUUCGCGGCCUGCCCUCUCCCUGCCUUGGCUGCUGUCUGUCUGUCCCUGCAGGCUGCCAGCUAGAGUCCUCUGGUCUCACUCUGAGCGGAGCCCUGGGGCAGUGGCUAGCUAGUGAUCCCUCAGUUUCCUUCUGUUUGUUAAAAGGGACAGUGUGUGGCCACUUCUUGGCGGGAAAGGGGUUGGUUGGGGGGUUGAGGUGGCCCAUGUUCAUAACUCAGUUUCCUGUUUUGCACGAUGUAAAAAAC